AUGAGUCUUCCAGACAUUGAUCCAACCGACGCGGAAAGCCUAAACCUGAAUCCGCCGAUCCAAUCUACGAAUGAUUUUAUAUUCGAAACUACGCCUCCUAACGAUCAACCUUACAAGGGGGCCUAUUUUGGGCUCAAACCAACAACUGUUCGGCUCACUGAUCUAGUAUAUUACUAUAUGGAAUUUGUGCUCGGCAGCCUCGGAAGUUAUGGAUACCGCAGCAUCGGUCACGACGUCUACACUGCCGAAGAGCAGGCUUCAUUUGAAUACGUCCUUGUAACCGUUUCAAGCGAGAUGUACAAAUCUAUGGUCCAGUGUAUGCCCUAUCUCAGUCUG